CAGGCCUUCUCGCCCAACAUUUGUCAUCAUUAGAGCCACGGACGCCUGCAGAGGGCACAGUGCACACACCCCACUGCGGUUUGCUUUGCAGCACCCCCUCGGUGUGUCAAAUGCUCCGGCAGCCUGUCUGUGUUCGGAAAGCACAGUCACCGUUACUAUGGGAACGUGUAAACUAUGGACAGGAGAAGUAGGAAGACGGAGGAGAGUUCUAGGCCAGAUGAACAUUAAGAUGCCACACGCGAGGUCCUCAGCGAGUCCUGCUAAAAUGCAGACCAAGAUGAGCGCCUGGACGCCCCUGAACCACUCACUGUCCAACAACAAGGUUUUUGAGGAGAGACGAAGCCUUCUGUCAAAGUGGUUUGACAGGUGGUCUGACAGGCAGAGGAGGUUGGUGCUGCACGACUUUGUCAAGAGCUGCUCAAAGGAGCAACUCCGCUUUGUCGACCUCUGUGUGAGUAGACAGCUGCCCCUGCAGGCUGCUGACUUCACACGCUUGCUGCCGAGGGCCAUCUGCCUCUACGUCUUCUCCUUUCUGGACCCACGCAGCCUCUGUCGCUGUGCCCGGGUGAGCUGGCACUGGAAAAGCAUCGUGGACCUGGACCAGCUGUGGAUGCCCAAGUGUCUGAGACUUGGCUGGCUCAUCAGCUUCUCCCCCACCGUGUUUGAGCAGGGCGUGUGGAAGAGACACUACGUCAACACUGUGCAAGAGAUCCUGCUUGCUGGCCCAACCAGAAAGGCCGCCGUGUCCCAGCAGCAGACAGCGGUUCCAGAUGUAGCAAGAGUCAGCAGUGGACAUGAGGACAUGACACAAGAGCUCUCCCGAAGUGAGGGCCUUCAAGUAUCCACCAACCAACAAGUUGGAGGUGUGUCCAGGAGCAGAUUGAAAAGAGACAAGCAUCCACUUGUGCUUCCACCGUGGAGAGACUCUGACAGACGUCCCAAGGACAUCGUCCGCUUCAACUACCUGGACAACUGUGACCCCGUCGGACAAGCCAGUGCAGCGCAGAUGAAGAGCAGAGCAACCACUUGCAGCAGUAAAACGGAGAAGCCAGACGACGAGAGACACAAAACGCUGUCUGACACCAGUUACAAACUACGCAAAGCUAAAUCACUGAUGUUCCUCACGUCAAACAGCAGACCCCACCAUCCUGUUCCUCUUCCUCCUCCUCCUCAUCAGACCCAGUCUCGCCCCCAUUGGGCAUCUGACAGUUACAGCCACCCCGCCGCCAAGGAGGAGGGAGCGAUCCUGCUGCGGCAGGCCCAGUGGAACGCUGGGAAACGUCCAGGUCCAGUGAGGACGGCCGUACCCAGGUUGAGCGUGGAGGCGCUCAGGGCGUCCCAGCGCUCGAACAGGAGCAUACCCAGUGCACCACUGUUUGAUUUUGAGCCCUGGACUCCCCCCGUGUCCUUCACACAAUACGUGGACUGAUACACAUCGCCACCUGCAGGCAUACCAAGGAACGUGCAGCUGCAUUCUUGCAGGGUUUGAAGCUCCAUGAAGGUUGGUGCUGGUGUUCAUUUAAAAAACUGUCAGUUGAUUUAUUUAUACA